GAGGCGCGGCGGGCGCGCGCAUGCGCGGCGGGGGCGUCACUUCCUGUUGUGCUGCGCUCCCCCUCGCACCCCUGAGAGCCCGGCGGGCAGGGAGGGCAGCGGCAGAGAAACGAGCCUCUGCUGCGCUCCCCGCGCCGGCCGGGAGCGAGGUCGGAGCCCCUGACGUCUGCCUGGCAGCUGGUGCUGCGGGGCACAGCUGGAAUCACGCUGAGAGCCCCCCCAUGGACGUGGAGGCUAAAGAUGAAGAGGAAGAGAGUCUGCAAACAGCUUUCAAAAAGCUGAGGGUGGAUGCAGCAGGAUGCACGGGAGCUCUGCCCGGGGGUGAUGGGACCCUGCUGAGGACAUCAGUGAGAGCAGCUGGAGAGGGGGCCAAGCCACAGCCUGGCAGCUCCAAGGACACAUGGCAUGGGUGUGUGAGAAAGCCUUCCCGAGGGUCAGCAAGAGUCCCGCGGCGCAGACGCUCCAAGUCUCCUGUCCUGCAUCCUCCCAAGUUUACAUACUGCAACGUGAAAGCCACCAGCCAGCUGAAACACAGCCCCCAGGCAGACCCAGCCCAGGGCAGUAUCAGUUCAGACGUUUUUGUUGCAGCAGAAGAUGGUACGAAGGACGGGCACGAUUCUCACCUGGAGGCCAGUGAGGACAGGACUGAACCUUCGGAAGCUUUCACCGCCGAAGAGCCUUUGGAGAAGUCAAGAGAGAAUUUCCCUGCUCUCUCCUCAUCCUUUGAAACCAGCUUGCAUUGUAGCCAAACCUCUGAUUUCCAGUCCUUAUCCAUGCUUAGCAAUGGGAAGCAGUGCCCUUGUACGGACAGGAAAUGCCAGUGCAAACAGUGGAGAACCAUGGAAGUGUACUCGUUCUCCGGCUUGCGGAGCGUCCUGUCGGAAUGUGAGAAGGCAGUCCUGGGAGCCCAUGCCCAGUCUCUUCACAGAUCCCCCUGUGGGGCAGUGCCAGCAGGUUCUCCUAGAUCUUGUUCUGAGCAAGCUCGAGCCUUUGUAGAUGACGUGACUAUUGAAGAUCUGUCUGGAUACAUGGAAUACUACUUAUAUAUUCCCAAGAAAAUGUCUCACAUGGCAGAAAUGAUGUAUACCUGACUGGAAGCAAUAGAGAAUCCCAAAUCAGAGUUUGUGAUAAUGGUUGGGUUAAAUGCCUUGUCAGUGCCAUGUUUUCACUGUUGUGUGUUUGAUCAAAUGUUCUUUGCCUCAUACAGUUUAGUUUUCUAAUAAAAUGAAAAAUGGAGUAUAGUUUGAGCUUAGUUCUAAAGAAUGCACUAAAGUCUCUGAAUACCUUAACAAAAGCACUGUAGAUCAAAUGAACUCCCUUUGUUUCUCAGUUUGUUCUGUGGAUACUCAAGCUCUGUAUGCUGUUUUCAGUAUUUCCUUGGACAAAAAAAAAAAAAAGCCUUUUAGGUUUUGUUCUGAAUUUUUGCAGUGUUUGGAAGGUUCAUUCUUAAUGUGUCCCUGCACUUAAGAGAAAUGUUUCAUAGCUGCAGUUCUAUCCUCAUCUUGCUCUAGAGAGAAGAAUGAGAAGUAUUCAGUAUUUUGGAUAGGAUGGAUUUCUGUUCCUUGAACACUAGCUGGCUCCUUUUUAGUUGGAUCAACUGGCAAACUCUUCCUCCUCACAGAUUUGUUGGGAGGUGCAGAAUGUGCAGGGUGUGGGCUUGAACCCUUCCAUAAUCUUGACUAGCUCACUCUAAAGCAGUUCUAUUUUUCUGCAGAUAAGUGAAGCUCUUAGAAGCAAAAAAAUAUAUUUUGUUAUUUGUGCUUUACAGAGGGAAUAUUUUAGGAGGGAGUGAAGCAGGCUAACCUUUUUUUUGGGCCGUGCUGUCUCAGAAGUGGAGAUGCUGGAGCCAUCUCUACAGAUGGUUUCUGGGGAUGUUUGAUACACAAAGCAGUGUGGAAAUGGGCUAAAAACAGGAGGUGUGUAUCAUAGAGGCUUUGUGGUGUAGAGCUGUAACAUUGCUUCUGGUUGGAAGUAUGGAAAUAAAAAAUGUUGUUGCUGAGACUUGCAUUAAUAAAUAUUUGUCAAAACAA